GUGGAUGUGUCUUCCAUGGCACCAUUUAAUAUUGCAUAUGAGCUGCUAGUCACCAGGCUGGAGAACUUCCAACUUGAGACCAACAAAGCCUUUAACUUUAUUGCCAGUCCUUCCCAGCCCCAGUAUUUUCUGUACAAGUUUCCUCAGGAUGUCGAUUCAGUCAUUAUUAAAGUGGUGUCUGAUGCAGUCUACCCAUGCUCAGUUGUCUCCGUCCAGGAUAUUGUGUGCCCAGUGUAUGACCUGGACCAUAAUGUGGAGUUCAACGGUGUUUACCAGUCUAUGACAAAGCAGGCAGCCAUAACGGUGCAGAGAAAGGACUUCCCAGGUGAGCAGUUCUUUGUUGUGUUUGUCAUCAAGCCAGAGGAUUAUGCCUGUGGGGGUUCUGUGCCUUCCUCCAUUCAUGGGAAUGUCAACCGUACCUGGAACCUGCAGAGGACGAAGAACCUUCAAGUGACAAUUGUGCCUUCUAUUAAAAAGUCUGUUUAUGUCCAGGCCAUGUUCUUCAGCUUCCUGAGUUUCCUCUCCUUUUACCUGGGCUCAGUGGUGGUUGCUUUUGUGCACUACAUCAGGGUUCAGAGGAAGGCUUCAGCUGGGAGAUUGAGUCCUGAGGAUGGAUCUGGGAUUAUGACGUCUUCGCACCCCAUCACAGCCAGCACCCCUGAGGGAAGCAGCUAUGGUGCUAUCGAUGAGUCAAGCUCCAGUGGUGGACAUCAAUUGUCUUCCUCUGAGCGCGGGCAGCCAGCUGGUUCUGACACAGACAGCUCUGUGGAGGAGGAGAGUGACUUUGACACCAUGCCAGAAAUUGAAAGCGACAAGAAUGUCAUCCGCACUAAGGUGUUCCUCUAUCUGUCAGACUUAUCCAGGAAGGACCGAAGGAUUGUCAGCAAAAAAUACAAAAUCUAUUUCUGGAACAUCAUCACCAUUGCUGUGUUUUACGCCCUGCCGGUCAUCCAGCUCGUCAUCACUUACCAGACGGUAGUGAAUGUGACAGGCAAUCAGGACAUCUGCUACUACAACUUUCUGUGUGCUCAUCCCCUCGGGGUGCUGAGUGCUUUCAACAACAUCCUCAGCAAUGUGGGCCACAUGCUGCUGGGCUUUCUCUUCCUCCUCAUUGUGUUGCGCAGAGACAUUCUCCACCGUCGGGCCAUGGAGAUGAAAGAUAUCUAUACUAUGGACUAUGGGAUCCCAAAGCAUUUUGGUCUCUUCUAUGCUAUGGGCAUCGCUCUGAUGAUGGAAGGGGUGCUCAGUGCCUGUUAUCAUGUCUGCCCUAAUUACUCCAAUUUCCAGUUUGACACCUCCUUCAUGUACAUGAUCGCAGGACUGUGCAUGCUCAAGCUCUACCAGACCCGCCACCCCGACAUCAAUGCCAGUGCCUACUCUGCCUAUGCCUCCUUUGCUGUGGUCAUCUGUCUGGCUGUCCUUGGAGUGGUGUUUGGGAAAAAUGACAUGUGGUUUUGGGUCAUUUUCUCAAUGAUCCAUGUUCUGGCCUCGCUGGCUCUCAGCACCCAGAUCUACUACAUGGGCCGCUUCAAGAUCGAUGGCCCUGACUCAGACUUGGGGAUAUUUCGGCGGGCAGCGAUGGUGCUGUACACGGACUGUAUCCAGCAGUGCAGUCGACCAAUGUACAUGGACAGGAUGGUGCUGCUCAUUGUUGGAAACCUGGUCAACUGGUCCUUUGCUAUCUUUGGGCUGGUGUAUCGGCCCAGAGACUUUGCCUCCUACAUACUGGGGAUCUUUAUCUGUAACCUGUUGCUGUAUCUGGCAUUCUACAUCAUCAUGAAGCUCCGCAGCUCUGAGAAGCUCCUGCCCAUCCCCCUGUUCUGCAUCGUGGCCACAGCAGUGGUGUGGGCAGCCGCCCUCUACUUCUUCUUCCAGACUCUCAGCAGCUGGGAGGAGACUCCAGCAGAGUCCCGGGAAAAGAACCGGCCGUGCAUCCUGCUGGGCUUCUUUGAUGACCACGAUGUCUGGCAUUUCCUCUCUGCAGCUGCCUUGUUCUUCUCCUUUCUGGUCCUGCUGACCCUGGAUGAUGACCUGGAUGCAGUGCGCAGGGACAAGAUCCCGGUGUUCUGA